AUGGCGGGAAUGGAGAAUAUCGAGGUGCAUAGCAAAUCGUACCUCGUAAGAUGGGUGAAUGUCUCGUCUGGACACACGAUAUCCUGGAGCGUCCAGCCUCAUAAGAAGUCAAUCAACUUUGGUAUCUUCAAGCACCCGGGAAAUGCAACAGGCGCUACUCCCCAGUUGCCCUCGUCUGCCAGUUUUGAGGCCGGCCCCGGUACGCCUGGCUCGCUGGAGCCGCCCGUCACACGCGGUCGCGGAGCCUCGACGUCGCGAAACGACCGAACCGUGGUGCUGGAGAAGCUGUCGGCAAUUGGGCUGAAGCAGGUACAUUGGCAUGGAAAAUGCGAGGCCGAUCUCGUCUCCAUGGGUACGUAUGACGUCCCGGCGGGCGAGGGCGGCAUGUACGGCCUGGUCUUCGACAACACGUUUAGUAAGACGGUUUCCAAGACUGCCACCUUUGUCCUCAUGACAUAUCCUACGAAUGCCGCGCCUAAAUCGGGGCAUCACAUGCACUAUGCAUCGGCAAUGGCCGCGAGCACGACGAGCCUCUCCAAAUCAAGCCCCUCCAUGGGCCCCGUCGAAUCUUCCGAAUCGCUACCGCAAGCGUACGCUGAACGACCGCGAUCACAAGCUGGGCUGAAACCGGGUGCCGUCUCUGGAUCCUCAUUUCUCACUGGUGUGUUGCAGAAGAAGCGAAGAAAGAGGAACCAAGGCUACGCGCGGAGAUUCUUUUCCCUUGACUUUACAUCGUCAACACUAUCGUACUAUCGCAACGACCAUUCCUCGGCUUUGCGCGGCGCCAUACCCUUGUCACUAGCAGCCGUCGGCGCCAACGAGGAGACCCGGGAGAUCUCUGUUGAUUCGGGCGCUGAGAUCUGGCAGCUGCGCGCCAACAAUGAAAAGGACUUUAAGAUGUGGAGGGAUGCGCUCGACCGUGCUUCAAGAACGGCAUCGGAUCGAAGGGCUGUGGCCUCGCCAACCCUACAGAUACAAGCCUCCCCAUUCCAGAGCCUCACACAGGCCAUGACUGCCGCGGACGAGAAUGAGUGGGCACGCGUUGAAGCAUUGGUUGGGAGGGUUUCCGGUACAAGAGACGCGGUGCGAAGACUGGCCCAGAACACUGACCCAAAAUACAAUUCCUCGUCUGCGUCGAUAACGGGUGUUGGCAAGGUGAGCGAGGGCAUGUCUCCUACGCCGUCUGAGACCGAAGCGGGCGAUUAUUUCCCCGACCAAAAGGUCGCCGAGAAGUCGGGAUUCUGGAAGCGCAAGGCGAGCACCUCUGCUAGCCAGAGUCCGUCCGGUCUGUUCAGAAGGAGUGUCUCUGCACAAGUAGGCGCUGCGUCGCCUGGCGCUAUCCCUCCUGUACCGCCUCUGCCCGCCAAUCUUCCCGCGAAUGGCACACUCGCGGUACCCAAACACAAUCCCCGCGCAAGCAUAGUAAGCCAGUCGAGCCAUGUACAAGAGGAGAGCAUUCACGACAACUGCAUGGCUCUGCUGCGAGACCUGGACGCUGUGGUUAGCGACUUUUCCAACCUCAUCAGCGAAAGCAAGCAGCGACGAGCGGCAGCGCCAGCAGCAACACUAGCACCAGCACCUUUCUCGCCUAGUGCAUCACGCCAAAGCUUUGAAUCAGUAGCAGAGUCCGUCGACGAGUUCUUUGAUGCUCCCGAUGGUGAUGCCAGCAAGUCCCAACUGCUCUGCAUUCGACGCGAUAGCAAAGACGAUGAGCGCGAACGCGAAGCCUCUCCCGAUGAAGACUCUGAUGGCAUGUCCGAGUCAUCAUCAGAAAACGGUGGUAUGGUCUUAUCAGACCGACCGCGAAUGUCACGAGAAAUGACACCAGCACUCUUUCCCACAAAACCCAGUUCUCUCUCGCCCUUGCCGCUCAGUCCUGUUGAGCGCCGGGCGACCGUGCCAGCACCAAAGGUCCAGCCUCCCAGUCUGAUUGCCUUUUUCAGGAAGAAUGUCGGCAAGGACUUGUCUACUAUUGCCAUGCCGGUAUCCGCCAACGAGCCCACAUCCGCCCUCCAACGACUAGCUGAGCAGCUGGAAUACAGCGAACUGCUUGACGCUGCAGUGACAGCCGCACCAGAAACUGGUGAGCGACUUGUCUACAUGGCUGCAUUUGCCAUCUCGGCCUUUAGCAACGCCCGUGUCAAAGACCGCGCAAUCCGUAAGCCCUUCAACCCCAUGCUAGGCGAGACCUACGAACUCGUACGCGAGGACAAAGGCUUCCGCUUCUUCGCCGAAAAGGUGCUGCACCGUCCCGUACGCAUGGCCUGUCAAGCCGAAGCCCAAGAAUGGACCUUCCUCCAAUCCCCCACACCCAUGCAGAAAUUCUGGGGCAAGAGCGCAGAAAUCAACACCGACGGUCGCGUCCGCAUCUUCCUCCACUCCUCCGGCGAACACUACUCCUGGACACUAGCAACCUCGUACCUACGCAACGUCAUCGCCGGCGAAAAGUACCUCGAACCCUCGGGCACCAUGACCAUCGUCGCAGAACCCUCUGGCGCAAAAGCAGUCUGCACCUUCAAAGCCGGCGGCAUGUUCGCCGGCCGCUCGGAAGAAGUAUCCGUCCAAGUCUUCGACAGCACCGGCUCCGUGCUCUCCAUGGGCGCCACCGGCAAAUGGACCCAAGAUCUCCAACUCACCUCCAAUGGCCAGCCCACGGGCAAAACAAUCUGGAAAGUAGGCGACCUCGUUGACAAAGCGGAGAAACAUUACGGUCUUACUACUUUUGCUGCUGCGCUCAAUCAGGUCACAUCUAUUGAACGCGAUCACAUGGCCCCCACCGAUUCACGUCUCAGACCCGAUCAGCGCGCGUUGGAAGACGGUGAUGUCGAUCAGGCUGAGGCACUGAAAGCUCGUCUUGAAGAGAGUCAGCGUGCUCGGAGACGCGUCCUGGAGGAGCGUGGCGAGGAGUGGAAACCCCGCUGGUUCAAUAAAGUUAGUACGGUUGAGGCGGCUGCUCUGGGCGAUGAGGAGGUGUGGAGGCUCAAGGGGGGCAAGGAUGGGUAUUGGGAGUGUAGAGAAAGGGGCGAGUUUGGGGAGUUGACGGAGGUUUUUCAGCUUUAG